UUGAUGAUGCAUGAUACUUACAGUUUGCAUCUGUUCUGUUCCAAUGCUCCCUAUUCCCACUUGAAUUACUGCCAGCAAGCAUGUUCUGUGGCUGUUUUGAGUUGGUCUUGUAUCCUCGUCUUCCUUCCUGUGAGCUACAGCUCUGACAGAACUUGCAAUUGUCUUUGUCUUGAUGCAUCUUGCCUUGCUCAAUAUAUGAACCAUAAUGGGGAGUAUUAUUGACCUUACACUCCUUUGAAUUUUUAAGCUUUCUUUCAGCAUCAGAGCUUUCAGGAUGGAUUUUUCUGUGGAACAUUUUUAUGAUCUGCAUGUCACACUUGAUGAAAAUUAGAACUUUUGCAGAAAACAUAUUAAAAUUUUUAGCAUGAGACUGAACCCCUGCGGUAAUUAAUAUAUUUGUUUGUGGCAAAAUAUAUGAUAAUUAUAAAUCCUAUAUGACAAGCAUUCUUGUCUAACAUAUAUACCAAGAAAAUGCAAUGUCUUAGUUAUGAUUUCCUCAAAAUCUUGUUCUUGGCUGCUAAAUCUGAUGGUUUAAUGGUUCUUAAAAAUUCAUGGAUAACCUAGUACCAGAUGACUCACCUUUUGGACUUUUUUCUUGGUUGAAACAGAAUAAGUCUCUUUAGGAGAAGUGCUAGAAGUCCUAGAGGAAGAUUGCAGCUUGUUCAGAAUCUUCAUGAUGUGAAGUUUGACGGAUUUAUCUGUUUGCCUGGCUCGCAUCUCCUCUUUCCCACUUUUUUCUGUUGAACUCCCAUGUGUAACUUUUUCCCUGUUAAACAAAUCUGCAAGUGAUACCUUUUCCUUCUUCCCCUCUGUUCUUGUUUCUGGAAGUUGAAUUGAAGACCCAAAUACGUAUCCUUGGAAUGGGCAUAUCACCCUUCCAUAUUCUUCCAAUUUGGCUCCCCCCAUUGGCUUGCCACUGAAUGUAAUGGUGCUAACCUGACUGCUCCUUUUUGAAGAUUCAUCAGACCCUUUUUCUUCAGCUUCAAGGAACUUUUCUUGUUUAUCGUUGGUAAGCUUUGAAUCAAUUCCUGUCACAUCUGUUUUCUCUUCAGCUAUAUUGUCCAGAGAUGUGGUAAAUGUUGGUGUUUCUGGAUCACUGAUGACUUUUUCUGAACCAAGAGUUCCAAUGGUGAGAAAGCCAUGGAAAACUAAUCCUCCUUCAUCUUCUAAGUUUGCUUCUUCUCCCUUCAGUUCAAAGUCAGAAUCAGAAGAGUAUUUGCAUUCCUGUCUGCUCUGCUGUGAGGAUCUGCAUUCAUAUCUGGUGCCAAAUGUGGGUUUUGAAUGUGAGUCUCGCUCAUUGAGGGAUGACUUAGCUGAGAGGCAAGCGCAAUGAUUCCCUGCAAAAGAGUUCCUAUAAGAUCCCUUUUCAAAGAGGAGUGCAGAGAAAGAACGUAAAUAGUCUUGAGCAAGUAGAAUGAAGGAUGGUGGACCAUUUUAGUGGUGUCCAUGAAUUUAGUGGGACAUGGUUGCUGCGUAGCGUGUUUGAUUUCUUAAGCAUGGUCAUGUAGACUAACAUCCUUAAGUUAUGCAGAGAGUCACAUGGUGUUGUGACCACUGAAGAUCAUGGUCCCCGCUCACAAGGUGACUGCUGUGUGGAAAUUUUGAAAAUUUUAGAUUAUUCUGAGCUUCACCUAUGUGCGUGACACCACUGGCAUUUAUUGCAGACAAAAGUAUCUGUUACUAUGUUGUCACCAAUUUAAUUUAAGUACUCUAGAUUCUUCUCCUUAUUGCGUGUACGUUAGGUAAACUAUUUAUUCUAUUCUGCUGCUUUGAUUGAAACAUGGGGUACUUUCCUUGUUGGUCACAAGGAGGUUUCAGAAUAAGUUAGUUCUAGAUGUGAAAAGUUUGAAUACCACUUAUGAAUUCUUUGAAUGGCUCAGUACUGUUUUGCCAUAGCUUGUGCUGCAUCCACCCUAGUAGCUGCAACAAUGAAAAUCCAAAGACAAACUCAGUUGUAUGAGAAACAUGUGAGCUACUCUAUUCUGUAAAGCUGGGACUUACCCUCAUUUUGAGCAGUGCUUCUGAAAGCUAGAUGUUGUUGACCGCUUUGAUUUUCAUAGGAGAGAGAUUAUGAAAGAGCUCUAGAUAG